ACCUGAGAAUUUUCUUAAUUAUCUACGUGUUCAAAAUCUGCCAAUCCACAUUGGGCGUAGCCCCUCUCAUUCUGAAUGUUAACUCGUGUUCAAUUGUGAGCCAAAUACGGAGUUAAAUGAUGAAAAUUAUGAGUUUGUAUUGUAGGGGAUAAUCUUCUGUAGAAAGCCACGUUUCAUCUCCAAAUUCCCACGGGAACGAGAAAUAAGCGGGUGAAAUCUAGUGUCCACAUGCAGUCUUCUUUUCUAUAACUUCUUUUGUAUAACCACCAAAAACCAAUAUUCGGGAUGAAAAGUAGCCUAGUGUUAAUCCAGAGAAAAAUCAAUUUCCAUUCCAAAUUUCAGCCAAAUCGCUUCAGUAACCGCAGCGCAAUAGAGGAACAAACAUACACACUUACACACAAACUUUCGCGUUUAUAACAUUUGUUAUCACACAAAUGUUAUAAACUGCGCCUCCCAUCUUAUAGGAGGGGAUUUGGGGCUUAGACCCACUACGCUGCUUGGCCGUUUGGCAGGCUUAGAUUUAUAGAUAAUGUCAGACUCAGUAACAAUCAUCAUCAGAUCGUAAUAAAAUAUCGACUAAAUAUUAUUAAAAAGCUGAAGAUUUUGUUUGUUUGCUUGAACGACCUAAUCUCAGAAACUACUAGUCCAAUUUGCAAUAAAGUAUUUCUUCUUCUUCUUCUUCUUCAUUAUUGUAAUUAAUAAAUAUCGAAAUUGGAGUUUGUAUCAAGCGGUAUGAUUUUUCUUUUCUUUGGAACGGCUUACCUUUGUCAAAAUUCCAUCCUUCGCCACUGGUAUAUAGGUACUUACAAGAUAAUGUGAUGAAAAUUUUCAAGACGCACCGUUGUUUGUCACACAUUAGAGACAGCAACGGAAUUGGAGCGUAAUAACAAUGAAUGCUUCCAAGGAGCACACUUCGUCAAAACCUUGACAUUCGCAGUUCUGUGUGACAGGUGACAUGUCGUUGGAAAACUUACCAUCCCAUAUGGGAAAUGUGGAAAAGCAACUCGCAGACAGGUAUGCUGAAUAUCCAGGCGGUAUCCACGAUCAGCCAAUGUAUUAUCCAUAUGAGCCAUCUCAAACUUCUCAAGGUCACAUUACUCAUGUAUUGCCGUCAAAACACCAUUUCAGCGGUGGUGGGCACAAAAACAACGCAGCCAUGUCAGCUCUAACACUGUUGGCUUUCCUGUUCUUCCUGCACAUACUACAGCAGUGCCUGAGGGAACACAUGACUGCCAUCAGUACACCCCAGGUCAUGAUAAUGACUGGCGGCAAAGAGGGCGAUGAAAACAUCCGGCGAUCAUCAAACAAAAAAAUCGAUAAAAUCGGCGUGUCCGAAACUGAAGAAAAACGAAAAUACGCAAACAAUCCAUACGCAGUCACCGAUUCAUCAAACGAUGAAAAUGAAAAAGUUUUCACUAAGAUUACUUCAUCCGAAAAUGUGUCAUUGAAAAAGUUUCAAAAUCAAAACAUUUACAAGAACGAUUUCAAAUCUGAUAUCCCGGAAUUUUAUUUGAAUAGAAGAACGUGAACUGAACUCAUCUUGAAUUCACUAAGAUUGCUUCAUCCGAAAAUAUGUCGUUGAAUAAUACAAUUAAAACGCUUUUUUGAUGUCUAAAAUUAGUUUUACUUGAUUGGAAGAACGUAAACCAUGUUGUAACCACUAAGAUAAGUU